AUGGUGGCAGGCCGCGCCUGUGACUUAGACCCGAUGGAGGAGGUGCAGUCCCUCAUCACUUCGUCCACAGCCUCGCCUAAGAGCUGCGUUGGAACCAGAUUCGUGUUGCUGGGUGUUGUGCUGCUCAGCCUCGGCACGUGCAGCACAUACUACGCGUUUCGCAUGAACUGCUCGCGCGACCACCAGCCAGAUGAGGUGGAGAUCUUGGAGAAGAUGCUUUUGUACCAGAAGAUGAGACUUUUGCGGAAUUUGUCUGACGAGGAGUUCAACAAGAACCACGUUGACGUAACCGCUUUGCCUGCAACUGGCCCUUUGUUUUGGCGGCAGAAAGAGACCCGUUUGAUUGCCCGAAAUUUGGGCUUCUCAACUUCAUUGAAAGAUGGCGAAGUGACGAUCACCAGAGAGUCCAGUACAGAUGUGUUUGUACGGGUGAGUCUUUGCAUGACUGACGUUUCGCUGAUGACCCUCAAACUGAUGGCCGCCAUGCUUUCCUUGGAGGCGUCCAUUCAUGUGUGCAACCUGCCCACUGCAACAGCGGCUUCGAGCCCAGAGACCAAAGAGUUCGAACGAGUGUGGCUUGGAAAUCGACGUUUGCUUGAAGGGAAUCGCACUGCAAAGCCGCCACGGCGCUUGGCCUUCAAUAUUCCGGCGUCUUCGGUGCAGAAAAACAGUAUCAAAGAGGCUCGCAUGUCUUGUGCAUCCCAAAUCAACGGAAUGAUUUCGAGCUUAUCUGGAGUGAGUCAAUACAUAUCGGAUUCCAUCUACACAUGUCCACCACCUAAUGAGGUGAAAUCAAACUAUCCAGCCAGGUGCAGCAUGGGUAUUAGCCUGCUGAUCUUUGGACUGACGAAGAGUGCAGCUGCGUUGAGUGACAUCGCCGUCGAGUGUAAGGACCCCACCACUGGCUUGAUACCUUAUGCAAAAGAAUUUGAACCAGGUCGAGAGGAAAUCAUUCUUGCAGCUUGCCUCAACAAUAUCGGACAGGGCAUGAGCUACCUUGCUCGAGUUGGCUAUGAACUGAAUACGAUCGCCACUGCACCGGGCGUUUGUCCGAAAUACCCCAGCAGCAAUCAGCGGGAAGUUUGUAUGGAGAACAUCGGCUCCCUGCUGGCCGACAUCGGCCAAGUGGCCACCUACUUCUCCGCUGCCGCCAGCGGUUGCGGUGCAAUGAACCUGGUGCCCUACUCCUGCGCCUCGCGCAUCGCAGGCACCAUCACGGGUUUGUUCGAUACUAUCCAAGCGGUGGGCGCUAUGGCGGCCUGGUGCGAUCACCCUGGCGUGUUCAAGAGAAAUAUCUCGGCACGUGUCAGUGAGUUUGAAGAGAAAGUGCACAAUGCUCGGUACCAACACACCAUCAAUCUAAAUUGA